GCCCUCAUAAUUCUCCUGUGAAAUUUUCACCGCAAAAAUCCGAUUGCUGGCAUCGACAACUCUCCUCUGUCCCUCUUACCAUCUCUUUCUUGUUCCCCAUUUUCUCUCUGCCUCCUCAGCUACGUCAGUGCUCCUCCUUCUCGGAUUACUCACCGGGCUCGGCACCUCGCUCUCUCCCUUUCCUGUGCCUGCCCCAUCAUUUCGUAUCCAAAUCAUACCUACUUCCUCAUGCCUACUGACUGUGAGGUAUACACUUAGCACGAAUGUCCUCUUAAUCCGCCCCUUUGCGACCUCUGCACUCCACAUAUGUUACAAUUAUAACUGGGUGCUACGAUGAAGUUCGCAAAGUCAGUAUCUCCAUCGGGUGACGACAGUGCCGUUCGCUCGCGUGUGGCUUUUCUUUUUUUUACUAACCCUUCCAUUUACACCUAGGUCUUUGGAGGAGCUUAUGGUCCCGGAGUGGAGCUCACAAUAUAUACAAUAUAAGGUAUCCGUUUUUUCACAAGUUUGGAAUGAGUUUAAAAUGGUCCCGGACGCUGGUGCCACCAUGGUCUAUGUUUCCAUGUUAAUCCUUGAAUUCCCCAUCUAUCGAUAUUUUGUUUCCGACACUCCGAACUCUUACUUACACCUACCUAGGUUGGCAAGAAGAAAAUCAAGGCUGCCGCAGCUGACAUAAACCAACUAUCGUCCCGCGCUCCCGCCCGUACAGGUUUCUCGCGAACACGUGAACGUGCGACUGCCUAUGCGAGAGAUCAUCUCCAACACCGCUGGCGAAGCUCCAUCGGUCAAGAAGCCCCAAAAACCCCACGACCAUCCUCAGCACCCCAUUCCUCGGCCAGUUCUAGUACCCGCCCGCCUCUACCACACACCCCACGGCCAGUUACGGCAGACAGGCGCUCCAUUCCUGCGGAUGACGUCGAUUCAGGCAACAUACCUCCUCGUUCCCUGACAAAUAGUUUGAAAGAUGAUGGAGUGAUAUCGGAUUCACCUGGGUCGUGGAUAAACACACAUGGUGCUAUCGGCGUUCGUGUCUUAGCAAUGUCGGCAUCCCGGUCAGCAGAGUCCCAUUUGUUCUGCCAUUCCGGCCGCUAUACCGAUGACCUCCCCUCAGUUCCACCUGAUCUAAUGCUCCCGGAUCCUAUUCAGCCACUUCAACCCCUCAUUGAGCUUGGCCCUGAGACCAACAUUCCUAUCAAUCCCAACCCUCCGGUUCAGCCCUCGCGGCCAGAAAGUAUCGGGUUAGCCGAGGAUAUCCCACCUCUUCCUAGUGCUCCCCUCCCACGCGAUCCCACAGGGGGCCACCGACUCUCCAAUAUUACCGCCCGUGCUUUUAGACCCCUAUCGACAAGCUUUCUGCGACGCUCCGUCAUGGCUAGUCCACGGCCAUUUGUAAACCGUUUGUCCUCCUUCUUCGCCGCUCCAUGGCAAGCACCUGACAGCUCCACAAUCGAUAUCACCGAGGCCCAAUUGGGGGCGUCUGCUGAAUUCCACAAGUGGCUAAUUAUUGAGUUGAACAAGAUCGAGAAUUUUUACAAAAGGAAGGAGGCAGAAGCUAUCAUUAGAUUUGAUGAAAUGAAGGAACAGUUAGGAAUCCUAAGGUUAAGAUGGUUAAAGGCCCACUCUCGGACCUAUGGUGAUCCAAAUGGACUCGAAUUUAUUGAAGAGCAACUCGAAGAUAAUGCUGCGGAUAAACAGUCCUCCGUCUGGAGUUCCACUGGUACCGAGAACUCGUCUAAACGCAUCCCUGACCUCUCUGCCCACCGCAGAAUUGGGUGGAAAAGCUCAAUUGUGGCAAUGACUGGGCUCAAACCACCACAAUGCUCAAGCCAAGAAGUGAUGGGAUCAACAACUGCUCACAGGAUGGACGCGCGGCGAGAUUACGAGCGCCGCAAGCCAAUUAAUGAUCCCACUCACCGGCUAGCGAAAUCAAGGCUCAAGCGUGCAUUCAUCGAAUAUUAUCGACGUCUUGAGCUUUUGAAAUCCUACGUUUGUGUUAACAGGGAUGCCUUCUGCAAGAUAACCAAAAAAUUCGAUAAGGUUUCAGGUCUGCGAACCUCACCCAGGUUUUUCAAUGAACAUAUUAACAAGAGUUAUUUUGGUGGAUCCGAGAACAAACUUGAUGAUUUGAUCAACGAGACUGAAAUAUUGUUCGCUAGGUAUGUAAAUCUAGGAAAUGUGCAAAUUCCCGUUACGUGAUCUUUCUAGUCGCUAUUUUGUUUUGUUUGUUUUCUACUGUUUUCCAGGCUCUUGCUCUCGCCUUUGGUUCCUGCGGUUAUCAUUUUUAUUGCCCUCUUUAUUAAGAAUUUCCCCUAAACUUGUGCUUCCUUGGCAUUCUCUUUACUAACGUCUGCCCCGGAUUUACGCUAGAUUUUUCAUGAAAUCAAAUCGGAAAGAAGCAGCCCUGAGACUUCGGACACGGGAGAAUAAAUCCGUCUAUCACGCAUCAUUUCUUCGAAGUGGCUUCUAUCUAGGAUCUUCACUAGUGAUCGGUGCCUAUGGCUUGUGGCAAGCUGUACAUCAGCUUAACAGCACGCGCCCUGGGGUAAGCCAGAAAACUAGUUAUUUGCUACAGGUUUGUGUAAUCCAUUGUCCAAUCCUACACCCGCUCUCUUCGCGAUAUCCUAUCUAAACAUCAUGAAUUAGCUCUGGGGCGGUGUCUCCCUGAUCCUUUUUCAAAUUCUCUUGUUUGCGAUCAAUUUAAGAGUCUGGGCAAAGCAUAAGAUCAAUUAUGCUUUCAUCUUUGAAUUAGAUGCCAAAUAUCAACUGAACCAUCGACAGUUUUUAGAGGUUUGCCCCCUUCACCGGUUGCGUAUCCCAACACCCUUCUUACCAUCUCCUAGAUACCUUCGCUCUUCAUUACAAUUUUUGCGAUAUGCUUUUGGUUCAGUGUUUACGACUUCUGGCCCGAUGAACUUGAUAUGAUACACUUCCCCAUUAUUUACAUAUCCCUAGCUGCAGCGGUGCUCUUCAACCCAAUUAAACGAUUUUACUUCCGAUCGAGAAAGUUCUUCCUGUUAACAAUAGUGAGAUUCCUGAAUUGGGUGUUUCCUCGUCCGACUAACCAUGCAAUUGUAGGCAAGGGUACUCGUUUCCGGAUUGAAGCGCGUUGAGUUUAAAGACUUCUGGGUCGCCGAUAUGCUUUGCUCGCAAACUUAUGCGCUCGGGGUUUGUUGGCCUAGUCCAUAUUGCUUCAUUUUCUGACAUUUGCUGUCCAGAAUAUCUCAUUAUUCUUCUGUCUUUACAUAAAUAGCUGGGAGAAUCCGGAUAACUGCAGUUCUUCGCAAUCCCGCCUGAUGGGGUUUUUCACGGCUUUACCUGCUACAUGGCGUUUCUUUCAGUGCCUCCGUCGUUACCGUGACUCCCGGCAGGUAUUCCCACAGCUAGCGAAUUGUGGCAAAUACGCCUGCACUGUACUCCACUAUGUUAUGCUCAGCCUCUGGCGGAUGGACCACAAUAACACAGGCCUCAGAGCCGGCUUCAUUGCCAUCGCAUCCAUAAAUUCCUUCUAUACAAGUCAGUCUCUCCACCUUUUCCGCCUUGUGUUUUGGCUAACCUGACUAAGUAUUUUGGGACAUCGUCAUGGAUUGGUCACUUCUCAACCCAUAUGCCAGUUGGCCCUUCGUCCGUGAUGCUGUUGGCUUUAAGAACCGCUGGGUCUACUAUUUCGCGAUGAUGGCCGAUCCCAUUCUACGGUUCAGUUGGGUAUUUUAUAUUAUCUACGCAAACGGUAUCCAGCACCCGGCGCUCUUCAGCUUUAUCCUAGCUGCCCUAGAAGUAAUUCGCCGGUUUAUCUGGUGCUUUUUCCGCAUGGAAAAUGAGCACGUCGGAAAGUACACACCCGUUUCACAACCUUUACUCGAGUGGCUGAAAUUGACUAUUUCCUUCUUCAGUGUCGGAGCAAACCGAGCCUAUCGUGACCCUCGCCUCCCGUAUCGUUUCUCUCCUCCUGAACAAAUUUGUUUACCAUGCCCAACCCCUGAGGAUACAGCCACCCCUCUCCUGAUCACCACUUCUGUUCCAACAGUGGAUGUCGAGAGGUCUGCAGUCAGAAGGCGCCAUAGGAGUCGUAGACGCUCCGGUACUAAGACUUCUCCUGCUAUGCAGGCGCUAGAACGGCUGGGUAGGACUAUGACGACUGCGCACAUGAAGGAUUACGAACGGAAGCGCGGCGCGGCGGAGAGUGAGGAUGAGGACGAGGAUCUCGGUGUCAGCAGUGAUGAGGACGAUGGAGAUGAUUACUAUGAAAGGACUGCUGGCACUGAGGGUUAUUCUCCAUCGAAAACAACGGAUUUGCGUUAAUUAAUCCCACCCACUUCUGUUUUCUCGGAUUUUCUUUUUCUCCCCCCUGUUUCCUCCACCUUGUUCAUAAACUCUAGUUUGUCCCUGCCAUUUACUUUGACAUUUCCUGAAAGGUAUCAAGUAGUGUUGUUUCCUCAUUAUUUCCGUCAUCUCUGUUCUCCAAAUUUUAUAGCAUUAAUAAGGUUUCUAGAAGUGCCUAGUAUAUCCUUGUUUAAGAAACCUAACCAUGUUCGGUAGAGGUGUUUAUGCAGCUUUUCCUUGUAUUUCUGUCACCUUGUUUUCUUCCCGACUUUCUCAGAUAACAUUUCAUGUCCCGGCCAAGGUCCUCUAUAAUUACCCUUAUACAUAGUUUCAGAGCCCAUGGUGGACACUUGGGAUGCUUCGAUGGGCUCUCGGAAUGUAGCCACGAUGUUUGGCGUAUUGUAAAGUAACACUGCAAUCCAGUUGGCUUAUCCUUUCUUGGCAGACCGAGUACCGCAAAAACUCGCCAAACUCGCUAUGCAGGGAGGAGAAUUUUGGAACUAAUGUGUAGCAAUACAGCCAAGAUCGUUCCAGUGACCAACCUAUUUUCUCUUAGCUGAUGAGACCAGCAUCAUUAUUACAGUAUUUUAUGUAGGAACCGGCAC